AUGGCGAAUCAAGUUCGACCCUGCUCGGAGCCUGGCGGCUUUGCAACUGAGCUAUCAGCACCUGUUGGGCUUGCAGCAUUUCGAAAAUCAUGCUUAAAUGGCGAGAAUUACGGAUCCCUGUCGGCGGAGUUGGCAGGUCUUUUCUUCGAGGCUGUUAAGAAUAGGAUCGGUUACGUCCUCGACAAACUCGGGGCAAGUCUGAUGAUUUCGAUGGCUGGCUUCGAUAUUGCUUUCGAGUCCGAUAUUUAUCAUAUUCCGAUUCAGCUGAUUAUGUUGGACAUUAGAUCGAACCCGAACUUCGAUCUCGAGAUCGGUGUUACCGUGACUUUGAUUUCUACCCAGAUAUGGAUGUGCCGACUUCGGUCUAUUGCUUCAGAUGCCCGAUCGAGCAUCGGGCUCGGUUUUACCUACACACACACACACACACAUAUAUAUAUAUAUANUAUUAUUUCACUUGUGUCCAUCAUCAACUUCUUUUUGCUGUUUUAUAGAGUUGUUGUCCUACCACAACAUGCUGCUGCUUCUCACUCUACCGUUGAAUUUCUUCCUGGAUUUGAAGGUCCACUUCCUUUCCAUCUUGAGACUGGGUAUAUUGGAGUAGGUGAAUAUGAAGAAGUGCAGCUCUUUUAUUAUUUUCUUAAAUCAGAAUCAGAACCCACAAAAGAUCCUAUUUUGAUUUGGCUCUCAGGAGGACCUGGUUGCUCUUCCUUUACUGCACUUGUUUAUCAAAUAGGGCCCUUGUAUUUUGAGCCAAACGAGUAUAAUGGGAGCCUUCCAAAGCUAACAUUGAAUCCAAACUCAUGGACCAAGGUAGCUAACAUAAUAUUCUUGGAUCAACCUGUGAAUAGUGGCUUCUCUUAUGCAACAACUUCAACAACAUUCAAGUCUACUGAUCUACAAGCAUGCCACCAUAUCUACCAGUUUUUGCGAAAGUGGUUGAUUAAGCAUCAAGAGUUCAUUAGGAAUCCAAUGUACAUUGGUGGAGAUUCAUAUUCUGGCAUCACUGUUCCAGUUAUCACUCAACUAAUAUCAAAUGGAAUUGAAGCAGGGCACAAGCCAUCGAUUAAUCUUAAGGGAUAUAUACUUGGGAAUCCUAGCACGUUUCCUCUUCAAUAUAACUACUGGGUUCCUUAUGCUCAUGGAAUGGGACUUAUCUCCGACGAACUUUAUCAGUUGAUUAGUGGAAUCAAUAAGCCACACAUCCUAGAGCCCUCGUGUGGUUCAGAUGCAGAAUCUAAAAGGUCAUUUCGAUUAUUUGGAAAAAGAAGAUCUCUUUAUGAAAAUUAUUCCACUAAGUGCCGAGUUGAGGUACACAGGUUGUCUACUUACUGGGCAAAUGAUCCAAGAGUACAAGAAGCUCUUAAUGUUCGUAAGGGAGCUAUAACAAGAUGGACAAGAUGUAGGGAAAGUAUCGUGAAUAAAACUUACACUAUUACUUUCCAAGAUAGCAUACCUUAUCAUGUGGAACUCAGCAAAAAACUUUAUCGAUCACUUAUAUACAGUGGCGAUCAUGAUAUGGGCAUUCCAUUCCAAUCAACUCAAUUUUGGAUAAAAUCUCUAAAUUAUUCUAUUGUGGAUGAAUGGCGGCCAUGGAGUUUUGAUGGUCAAGUUGCAGGAUAUACAAGAUCCUAUUCCAACCAGAUGACAUUUGCAACUGUCAAGGGAGCAGGACAUGUAGCUCCUGAGUACAAGCCUAAAGAGUGCUUUACCAUGUUUCAAAGAUGGUUGUCUCAUGAACCACUUUGAAUUACAUAUCAGAAGCAAGUAAUAAGAAUGUAAAACCUAUUUUUUUAAUAUUUGAGUCAGUAACCCAUUAGAUGUUUUAGUUCAGACGACCUUAACGGUCUGGUCAUCUAAAUAAGUCUUUAUUAUCAGAUUCCAAUGAUGUUGUUGCACCGUCUGUGACCUCAUCGAUGCUUGUCUAGUUAUUUAGAACCAUUAAA